AUGGAUCUUGCAACCUUGUUCGGCAAGCUCCAAGAAUAUGAAAUGGAGCUAACCAGAAUAACCUUGAAGGAACAAACCAUCAAGAAAAGUAAGGGAAUUACCUUGAAGGCCUCAACACCAAGCAAAGAGAAGGAUGAGGAAAAAGAAGAUGGAGAUUCCGAAAAUGGUCUUGACGAAGAUGAGAUGAGCCUCUUCGUAAAGAAGUAUGGAAAAUUCUUUAAGAAGAAUUUUUCAAAGAAAUCUGCAUUUCCUCCUAGAAGAAGAUCUAAAGAUGAAGGAUCCUCACAACUCACCAUCACUUGCUAUGAAUGUGGAAAAACCGGUCACUACAAAUCAGACUGUCCAAAUAUUCAAAAGAAAGACAAAUAUGAAAAGAAGCAAAGCAAGGAUAGAAGGAACUUCAAGAAGGCUUAUCUUGCUUGGGAUGACGAAUCUAGUUCUUCCGAUGAUGACUCCAAGGAAGAAGCAAACCUAUGCUUCAUGCAAGAUGGGAGACCACCAGAGAAAUCAAGCAAAGGAACUCAACAUAUAUGUCUCAUGGCAAAUGAGGACAAAAAUGAAUCCGAAACCGAGGUUUGCUUGAAGGCUAAAAGCUCUAAAUGGUACUUGGAUAGUGGUUGCUUAAGUCACAUGACGGGAGAUGUAACUAAGUUCCAAUCAUUCACCAAGAAAGAGCUUGGACACGUUUCCUAUGGAGAUAACAACAAAGGAAAGAUUCUCGGUAUUGGAAAAGUUGAAAACCUUAGCAAAUUUGACUCUAAAGCCGAUGAAGGCAUAUUUCUAGGAUAUUCACUUACAAGUAGAGCUUAUAGAAUCUAUAACAAAAGAACAAUGGUCAUUGAAGAGUCUAUUCAUAUUGUAUUUAAUGAGACUAACAAUGUCUUGCCUAGAAAGAAACUUUGUGAUGAUGAUGUUAUAGAAAGCAUGGAAAACAUAAACUUGAAUGACAAAGAGGAAGAUGAAAGGCAAAACGAAAAGGAAGCAAACAAUGAAGAAACACCAAGUCAACAAGCCAAUGAUGGAAACAAUCUACCACAAGAUUGCAGAGUAGCUAGAGGACACCCCAAUCAAGUUUGGGAACUUGUGCCAAAACCAAAUGAUUAUCCAAUACUUGGAACCAAAUGGGUCUUUAGGAACAAGCUUGAUGAAAAUGACAUAAUAACUAGAAACAAAGCUAGACUU